GCGAGAGGAGAGAGGAAAAAAACAGACGGUAGGGAUGAGUGUGAGGUGAUCGGUGCUGCAGGUACAGUCAGAGCCGGAAUCAGGUUUUACAGCCGCACCAGACCGCGGCAUAGCGCCUCAGAGCCGGCCUCUCUCCUCUUCAUCCCCUCCAAACAAACCUCCGCAAUGUCUGGCGGAGGGGAGCUACGCGUCCUCCGCCAAGAGCCCGGGCAAGAGAGCCCGAGGAUGCCGGCCUGGAAGCUAGAGAUCUUGGAGAGGAGGAAGGCGAAGGGCGGCGGGUCUGGAGGAGCCGGUGCCGCGGAGACAAGCCCCACCGGCGCGGGCUCGCAGCGGCUUAACGGCGAGCAGACGGGAAAUGUGAACGGCAGCAGUAGCAGCGGUAGCGGCGGACCCAAAAGAGACAGCGGACCGAGUUGCGGGUCCGGGCGAAGCUACACCAUCACCACCGCCAGUCAACACUUCGCGAACAACAAAGAGCCGCGGCCGACGGACGCGGAGAGGACGACACCGAGGGAGGACGACAGACGUGAGAACCUGGUGCUGCAGGAAAGUCUGGGCCCGCUGGAGGAGAACCCCUUCAUCAAGCUGGAGAAGGAGCGGAGGAGGCGACAGGACCGAGACAACGCCACUCGUCCGGUCCAGCACAUCCUGGAGCUGUAUGGCAGCGUACCCGGUAUACGGACUAUCCGCGCCGAGAACAUUAUCAUAAUUGAGUCGGACCCGGAUUACUUUCCGGAAGCUGGAGGGAUAAAAAGCGGAUCGAAAUGGCAGCAAAACGGCGUCAGUAGUUACAGCUCUCUGAACGACCUCCUGGACCGGAGAGGGAGUGCUGUUACUGAGAUAAGAGCCAAGGAAGUGGUCAUUUAUGACACCACGAUAAGCAAGAGCGAGGAGAACUUGAGCACCUUGGGCCGCCCUGAUCAUGAGGCCCCAUCAUAUGAGACAGGUGAGGGUCAAGGCAGGGUUAGCCGGAUGCUGCAGAAGUUUGACAGCAACUAUGGGAAGCUGCAGAAGAAGUCCCGCAGCACGGAGAACCUGCUGGACCUGGACUGUAGUGCCAGCAGCAGGCCACGACUCUGGGCCAAGCCACAGCCAGAUCUGGUGCCAAAGGCCAGACCAGGCCCAUCUGUCAGAAGCCCGGGCAGCAGCCAGCCAUCGUCGCCUGUCUUCCCGAGUCCUUCGUCUUCCAAACCAAAGCCACAGCCUGCUGUCUCCGAGCUUGGCAGCCCCCCUCAGCCCGUGUCUUCCUACCGUCAGUGGUUUGAGGAGAGUGAAGGCCAAGGUACGGCUGUCAGCCCCGGGGAUGAGCCAGACAGGGGGCAAACCAAGCUCUUCAGAGAGAGAGACUGGGAGGGCUCUGUGGGGCCACCCACACCCAAGGUGCCAUGCUCCCCAGAGACCCGCGGAGUACGUGCCGAGUCCCCCACCAGUCCCAUGUCGUUCAAGGUGUCCCGCUCCUCAUCUGACUUUGAGAUCCGUCCCUCUAUAAAGCCAGACCUCACCCGAAUACCUGACGGGGACACACAGGCACGGGCCCUCGCGAACCUGCGCCUGCAGUCCCGUAACUCCUUCACAGUGAUUCCCAAAUGCCGUCCUGCUGCCUCAUCUGCAACAGGCAGCCCAGUACCGUCCAGCCCCGUCAAGUCGUCCCCUUCCCACAGAGUGGCAGAGGUGCCCACGCCAGGAGUGCCAACCACCCACACCCCCAUGCCCACCUUGACGCCCUCGAAGAGGAAUGAGGAGAAACUGUUAGAGGAGAAGGAGGUCAAGAGGUCGGUGAGGGUAUCAAAGCCUGAACCAUCUCCUGUUGCCACAAGUCCUGCGCCUCCUCUGACCUCAGAACCUCGGUCUCCAUCUCCCUCUCUUACCCCAGCUCCCUACUCUCCACCUGACCUGUCUUCACCCCCCUCUUCUCCGGCUGUCCCGUCUUCACCCUCCUUCUCUCCGGUCCCCUCGGACUCUCCAGCCCUGUCCCCCGUCCCCUCUGCCCCGUCCCCGGCUCCAGAACAACCCCCCGUGGAUCAGCUGCCGGUAACAAACAUAGACGACAUUGAAGUGGAGCCCCAGCAGCGCGCCCCUGCUCCCAGCCCCAUGCAGAGGAGAAAGAACACCUUCACCGUGGUCCCUAAACGUCGGGUGGAGCCCGAGGGCCAGUCGAGCUCAUCUGAGCCCCAGCAGCAGGAAGCCUCCAGUGAGGCCCCACCGGGGUCCACGCCCCCACAGGCCCCCUACGCUCAGCUGGGCUCCCUGCUGAAGAAACGCUACCCCGCUGCGGAGGAGAUUGAGGUCGUCGGCGGGUACCUGUCCCUGGAGAAGUCCUGCCUCACCAAGACGGGCUCCAUGGGCAAGAAGCUCAAGAUCUCCUUCAAUGAGUCGAGCCUCCAGAGUACAUAUGAGUAUCCCUCAGAGAGCAGCGCGUGGGACAGCGGGGACGAGGACGAGGACGAGAAGGCAGCGGACGAACAGCCGAGCAUGGUGGGACGCAUUCACAUCCCUCGACCCAGUUUCACCGGCUCGCUCACCCACUCGAACAACAGCAACGACCUUUCCAGCUACAUUCCCAAGCACUCGGUGGACUUCAGCGCCUGGCAGGAGCACAAACAUGAGGAGAGUGUUUACCAGGAGGACGCCACUUCCCAACAGACGCAGAUGAGCGAGGAGGUUAUGCUCACACCGGCAGACAGCUCGUCCCUGUCUGACUACAGCAGCGAGCCCGCCCUUUACUUCUGAUCCAUCGGACCGAUCAGCUGUACAGUAGCACCACACCUGUGGGACCAGCCUGCAGCCGGAGCCCGGCGGGGUCCGCCACUCCUGGGCCUGGACUGCCUCCAGCUCGACACUCCAGCCGCCUCUAAGCACAUCUUCCUGAUCAGACAGGAAACGUAGUGUUUUUUGUUCCUUUUUUGUUGUUUUUUCGCUAAUCUCCUGCCACGGAACCGCCACACGCCACGUUAUCGACCGCAUAUGGGAGCAGAGGAGCUGUUUCGAUUCCCACCCUCUUCCUGACCUGAAGCGACACAUCCAAAAGCAGCUGGACUGUGUUUUCCCCAACGAUCCUCGGACAGUUGAUCUGUCGGCCUCCCUUCCUCAUCCUCGCUAAACUAAAACACAGGACAGGAUCAAGUGGAUUGUCAGAAAAUCCAUUGAGACGUCCGCCGUCCCCUCCAGACUCUGGAAGACGUUUACUGGCUUCACCGUCCCCCCCUUCCCCCUGAUUCCCUGCUUCCUAGUCUCCUUGCUUCGGGUUUGUUGGAGAGACGUUGACAAGCGAAGGAGCUUAAAAAAGCGAGUGACCAAACUCCUCACAAAGGACAGGAAGCCGCCAGUGUCCACGUGUAGGAAACGCCACGGUGACAGAGUUCAGUGUUAGCAUGGAAACAUGUCAGUAGGACGUGGAGGACGCGUCUGCUUGUGUAGAUCGCCGGCACACUCAAAUGGUGAAAGGGUGCCACAAAUGUAGUUCAUUUUUUGUCUUUUUUUUGUACCUGCAUGUUUUGAUUUGAGCCAUCAGCUCGGUCGGUUCUCUUUUACUGUAAAGCCUUUUUUGUGUUAUUUUUGUAUGUUUUCUGGCAAACUUCUGCUGUAACGAAGCUGCUGGAAGUUCAGUGUGAAGAGCCUCAACAGCAAGCAAACUUCAACACACACUCCCCCUCUUUUUGUGGCGAGGGGGGGGGGGGGGGAGAAUAUGCAGCCAAGGGAAGAUUUCUGUCGUUCGGCAAUUUCUGAUUACACGCUUGGAAAAAAAGUGACCUUCGCCAAUGCCGUCUGUACGUCCGUAUCGCUGGUGACAAAAGGAAACCAUCGCACUGUAGAAUGGUUCUGUGUAUCCUCUAUCAAAAGCUGUUAGACCUUCUGACACCUUUUUUGUUAUUUUUCUGGCUUCUCGUGUAUUUAUUCCUGCUUAAAGUUGAAGUUUGCAUGUCUGAGACCUGCUCGUGUACAAAAAAAAAACAAUUUUGUAAAGACAAAGUUGCUGGUGCGGAAGGACGUUUUGUUAUUGUUUUUCCAGUCAGACCUCAUGUACUUUGACAUUCCACGAAGAAAAAAAGCAGCCGGUCCAUCGAAGUAAUGAACGCAUCAGCGGUUAUGAUCGUUCUCAAUGUGGCACGUUUGUCAGAGCGAAUGCAAGACUGUGUGUGUGUUGAGAGAAUAUGUAAUGAUUUUUUUUUUUAAUUAAGAAUUUUUUUUUUUUUAUAUAUAUACAAGAAUGCACCAAGUUUCCAGAUGAUUUUUCUUUGUUGUUUUUAAACUCAUGAUGCCAAGUGAUUAAAAGUGUUGCUGUAACGGCCUCACGUUCAUUCUCUACCCGCCCUUCAGCCAGUAUUGUUGUACAGUUUCUCAGAAGUACUUCUGUCCUUUCUUUCAUUUCUCCAAUCAACAUGAAAUGUGCCGAGUCCUCACGGUUGGAUUCUGCUGUUGGGGGAUGAGGUGUUUGUCUUUUAUGUCGUCCGGAGUCUUGGAUGUUAAAUGUCUUCGCACCGUCUUGCUUUUAUCUUUGUGAAGGAACAGAGCGGGCGACAAGAGGACACGUGCACUUAAAACAGCAAGACCAGUUGAAGGGUUUUGUUUUAAAUCUAAAUGAAUGAAUGGCAUUGUGGGACAGAACUCUGCAGCUGUACAUGAUGAACGCACUGCCGAUGAAUGCCACGUUUUGUUUUUUGUACUGUUUGCCACAGCCUUGCAUCAAAAGUCUUAUGAUCGUCAGCCUUGUCGCUGUGACCACAAACCGAAGCCUGAGUGUCGUUUCCCACACAGGUCCAGGGCUUCAUCUUUGUCCUCAAGUUCCCCCGAAACUUCCUUCUGCUGAGCCGUGGUUAUUAACCAGUUGAGCUGAGAUGUCUCUUUCAAGCACCACACCAGUGGUUUUGCAUGUUUGAGCCCAUUUAGUACAAGUCACAUAUACUUUACCGCUACCUAUUUUGCAAACCGUGCUACUGUGGUUAAGAAAUUUGAAUGUAUUUUAUUUUUUUUACCCAUUCCAGGUGUCCGUUGGUUUCCACCCAAUUUCAUGUUAUGAAAAUUCACCAGAAGCCUCUUGCUUGUCUUGUAAUAGUCAUCACAAGAGAACAUCAGGUUCCUUUACUGUUGCAUCAGAAUAGGCUGGGUACCAUUUCUAUACAAAGUGAUCCUUUUCUUGAAACCUUUCUCCGAUAAAACCUUUCAGAGAAAGAACUACACUCCACUACAGACGCAUUUAAGUCGGUACCAAAAACUAUUGAUGUUCAAUAUCCAGCCCUGUGAAGUGCAGAGCAGCCUUUUUAAAUGAAUCUACAUCAACCUACAUUAUCAUAAUGUAACAGUAACUAAUGCACCUGACAAUAUUCAAUGCAGGCGGGAUUCAUGGUGAUGGAUCACACAACUCAACACAGUUGACCGAUACAUUUUCAUACCACGAGGAAAUGAAUGGAAACCAAUGGCUGCUUGAAACGGCGGGAAAAACCCAGUCGGGAACAACGUGAAGUACAUGUGAUUUGUGAUUAAGAAGCUCAAAGUCCCCCAAACACACUGGUACGAGUCUUUAAGUUGACUUUGACCUUCGAUGACCAAAGCAGGACGUCUACUCUUUGUGGGAAUCUUAAGCUCUCUGUCUUUGUGUGCGACAGUCUGAAAAGACAGCAGCGAGACCGUUUCUGGUGGCCGGUAGUGGGACACUCGACUUGACUUCUGAAGUGUACGCGCGGCCUCUCACCGUUGCAAAGCGAGCGGUUUGUGUUGUACACUGGUGGAAGCUCCAUCUUGUUCCUUUUACCCCCCCUCCCCCUGUCUGUAAAUCUACAUCGCAGCAGAUGUGCUUACUGUAAAGUUAUCGUCAAUGACUUGGGCAAAUAAAACAAAAACGAAGUGAUGUCAUACUUGUACAAAUGAAGGCUCAAUAAAUAGAAGACUUGAACAAAUGUAAA